UGAUAAAGCAAUUUUAUUCUCAUGUAAAAAUGACAUAAUUCAAUGACGCGUGUCCCACCAAUUAUCACCACUCACUCUCCAUAUAUACUUCACAUACAAUCUUUCACUCAUAUAUAUACCACACAGUCACACAUUCUUUAUAAUGUAAAUCAAAAGAGAACUAAACCAAGAAACAAAAUGGGAUACGAAAGGCUCGGACCAUCCGGAGCAACUGGUUCGGUCACCACCUCCACUACUACAGCUCCAAUCCUUAACCAAGUCUCCACGUCAGAGCAACCGGAGAACAACAACCGAAGAAGCAAAAAGAAGCUUGUCGUAUCAUCAAUCGUCUUAGCCAUCUCACUUAUCCUCGCCGCCGCGAUCUUCGCCGGAGUCAGAUCACGUCUCAAGUUAAACCAAUCAGUCCCAGGCCUAGCUCGUAAACCGAGUCAAGCAAUCUCUAAAGCUUGUGAGUUAACUCGUUUCCCCGAGUUAUGCGUUGACUCACUCAUGGACUUUCCCGGCUCACUCGCCGCUUCCUCCUCUAAAGAUCUCAUCCACGUGACUGUGAACAUGACGCUCCACCACUUCAGCCACGCUCUCUACUCCUCUGCUUCCCUCUCCUUCGUCGACAUGCCGCCACGUGCUCGCUCAGCUUACGACUCUUGCGUCGAGCUACUUGACGAUUCCGUUGACGCGCUAUCACGCGCUCUUUCCUCCGUCGUAUCCUCCUCCGCUAAGCCGCAAGAUGUUACAACGUGGCUUAGCGCGGCUUUAACAAACCAUGACACGUGUACUGAAGGAUUCGACGGCGUCGACGACGGUGGAGUGAAGGAUCAUAUGACGGCGGCGUUACAGAAUCUUUCUGAGCUUGUUAGUAACUGUCUUGCUAUAUUCUCGGCGAGUCACGACGGUGACGAUUUCGCCGGAGUUCCAAUACAGAACAGGAGGCUGCUGGGAGUGGAGGAACGAGAAGAGAAAUUCCCGAGAUGGAUGAGACCAAAAGAACGCGAGAUACUGGAAAUGCCGGUAUCUCAGAUACAAGCUGAUAUUAUCGUAUCGAAAGACGGUAACGGCACGUGCAAAACUAUAUCGGAAGCUAUCAAGAAAGCUCCUCAGAACAGUACUCGCCGGAUAAUUAUCUACGUCAAGGCCGGAAGAUAUGAAGAGAACAACCUCAAGGUCGGUAGGAAAAAAAUUAAUUUGAUGUUCGUUGGAGAUGGCAAGGGUAAAACUGUUAUUUCGGGAGGCAAAAGUAUAUUUGACAACAUCACUACUUUCCACACGGCGUCAUUUGGUGAGUUUUUCCUAACCUCACUCUUCCUUUUUUAGUUUUUACUAUACUACUUUUUUCACUUUUUGAACUCUUUUGCAAUAAUACAACAAUCAUGAUAAAUAGUUAAAAGCAAAACACGUAUUAAUGCAAUGAAACAUGUACAAGAAUUAUAAAUUGAUACACUAAUCUUUUCGGUGGUCGAAAAUCAGAAGCGUUUUUUAGUGAUAUAAUAGAAAAGUUAAAAGAUCUUUUUGUGUUAAUUAAAAUCUUAAAAAGGAGCUAUGAGGGUCAACAUUUAUGAUAUAAUAAAUGUCGUUUUUCUAUAGAUUUAAUAUAAACUAUUUGUUGUACAUAUUUGUUACUGAAAAAGGUAUUGAUAUAAAUAAGUUAAGAAGGAAAAAUAUAUAUACUUUGAGGAGAAUUAUUGGAAUCAGAUACGUGAAGGGGGCCAUGAGCUAGGCUGUCUAUAGAUUUCGGAGUGAUAGGGUUUUAAAAAAGUGUCCAAUAGAUUCUCCUAUAGUCAGAAAUUUUUACGAAUAUUAGUUGUCUUUCACCACUUGUGUGUGUGUUGUGUUUUUUUUUGAUAAAAGAUUUAACACCACUUGUUUUUAUUCUUCAUAUGGAUUAUGGACCACUAAAGAAAGCUAUAUUUAAGUAAACCUUGUAAAUAGUAGUAGUAUGUACUCGAACCAGUAAACAAAGUCAAUAUUAUAGACCACUAAAUUUCUAAACUGUGAAUUUUUUUCUUUCUUUUGUGUUUUUUGGUAUUUUCUCAAACUUUUUUGCCAAGGCACUCAGUAGUCGUUUUAAUAAAAAAAAAAUUGGGGGUCAGAAUUUUUGUUUAAUGAUUUUUUUCAAAGAAACAUGUUUUAGAACAAACGUCAUUCACCCGUUUUCUACUACUUCAACUCAGGAACCUUCUCAUGGCAGACUAACUUUAAAUUAAUUUUGACCAACUUUUUCUUGCUCAUGCUGAAUUAAGACCUAAUCACCUAAGUUGUAGUUCUUACGUAAGUUUACGUGUUUGUUUAGUUUAAGAGAAAAACACGAUCUAAAAAUUCCAAUUCUCAUAUAAAAGUAUCAUAAAAUUUUGCAGCAGAAACCUUAUUAUAUAUAACCAACUUUUUGUAUAUCCUUUUUUCAGUUUUGAUCUUCAACUCAGUUAUGUAGAAACUUAAAUUUGAACUGAUCUUUAUGCUUUUUCGAUAACUAUAUAGUACUCCAACUUUAUUUAUUGGAAUAUUGACUUUUCCAUAGGACUAUGUACGUUCGAAUUCGGUUAGGUAACACACUUACACUGAAUUGGACAUCCUAUGUGAUGCUGCCGCUUAUCCAACCAAACUCACAUGCAUGUUGUUGUGAUUUUUAAUGUUCAUUAAAUGCACAAAACUCAAAUCAAAUCGAAAACAUAAAACAUUCUUUUGAUCAAACAAAGUUUAUAUACUUCUUUACCUUCAUCUAAUAUUCAUUCCUCACAUCCACUUAUGUAACAUAGUAAAUGCAUGCUCCACAUAUGUAUAAACAAAUAUACAUACAGACACGCACACAUGGAAAAUGCAUACACAUAUAAAAGAAUAUGAACGUAUCGUAAGGUUCGAAGUAGGCCGCGCAAUUACUGACCACACAUAUUUGUAUAUAUAUAAACAUGCAUGAUAGGAGACAGAGAAUAGUAGCAUUUAUUUACAUAUAUAAGUUGGAGGUGGGUCAUAGCUCAUUAUUUAGUUGAACGCGUUAUAGACCACUUGUAUACAACAUUUCUAUAGCUGCGACCGGAGCUGGAUUUAUUGCAAGGGACAUCACAUUCGAAAACUGGGCCGGUCCAGCGAAGCACCAAGCCGUGGCUCUCCGCAUCGGAGCUGACCACGCAGUGAUCUACCGAUGCAAUAUAAUCGGUUACCAAGACACACUCUACGUCCAUUCAAACCGCCAAUUCUUUCGUGAAUGCGAUAUCUACGGUACAGUCGAUUUUAUCUUUGGUAACGCAGCCGUCGUACUACAAAACUGUAGCAUCUACGCACGGAAGCCAAUGGAUUUUCAGAAAAAUACAAUCACGGCUCAAAACAGAAAAGAUCCGAACCAAAACACCGGAAUAUCAAUACAUGCGUCUAGGGUUCUUGCAGCAUCCGAUCUCCAAGCGACAAACGGUAGUACACAGACGUAUCUAGGCCGACCUUGGAAGCUAUUCUCUAGGACAGUGUAUAUGAUGUCGUAUAUCGGUGGUCAUGUACACACGAGAGGUUGGCUCGAGUGGAACACAACAUUUGCUUUAGAUACUUUGUAUUAUGGAGAGUAUUUGAACAGUGGACCUGGGUCGGGUCUCGGGCAACGUGUGAGCUGGCCGGGUUAUCGGGUCAUCAAUUCGACGGCCGAGGCAAACCGGUUCACUGUGGCAGAAUUUAUAUACGGUUCCUCGUGGUUGCCAUCGACCGGAGUUUCGUUCUUGGCCGGAUUAAGCAUAUAGGUAGAGAAAAAAUUGAAAUGCUUAUUUUUCCGAUGAAUUGUUUCAUUCUUACGGUCCUUAUAUUAAUGGACAUAUCAGUAUUCCAAUAUAUAUGAGUAUAUUUUAACUUUUAAUUGUAAUGUCUCCACUCUCCAGAGGUAUUAUUUAAUAAUAGAUGAACACUCGAGGAUAAUUUUCCCUUGUUUUCUUGACAGUGAAGAAGUAAUUAUUG